AUGAACUUCUUUCUCAUCAAAAAGACUACCACUGGGAGAUUUCUUGCCUCAGGAUCUCUUUUUGCAUUUAGAAUCAUCCUUUUUUCAAAAGUUGAGAGAGUUGUUUCACCAGAAAUCUCAGUACAGAAUGGUUCAGGAAGCUUCAAUGAAGAAAAUAAUGGUGGUCAGAUAUUUGGAGAGGCACUUUUUCCUGUCAGCAGUCAAUAUAGAACAAUGGGUUUAUGGCCAUCAAGACAUCAAGAAGGUAUUACGAAUCAAGUCAAUUAUCAUGAUUUCAAUUAUGGUAGUAUCUGCAACCCUGAAUCAAUAGAUCUCAGCAAUGGUGAAAUUGAUCAAGCUUCAAGAUAUGCAUUUACUCCAAACAACAUGUUAGGAUUUGGAAGCCCUGACAAAAACAAUGAACUAGAAAGAACAGGAUCAAUUAACUUCCAUCCCCAGGACUUCAGUAUUCCCUGGUAUCACAUUUGGGAUGAACCAGGAAUACAUGGUGGUUCAGUGGAAAGCAAAUCAUUUGAGCCUCAUAAUGUCAUAAAUCCAACCACGGGUAGCUACAGUGCAUACAAUCCUCACCUGUCUGAGAUUACAGACAUGAGGUAUUCUUCACCUCAGAUACCAGAUCAAAAUGUUCAAAACACUGGUAACAUAUUGGAAGAUGGACACAUUAGUAGUGAUAGAAUAAAUCAUAUCAUGGAAUCUUUUCCUGACUAUGAUCAUAUAUACUCAGAAAUGGAAAAACACAAUCUUAUACCAAUUGAUUUAGAUCAACAAAUAGGACAAAGAAUUGUAGAAGAUACUGAAGCCCCUGGGUGCAAUAACCACUAUGGAUACCACAUUGAAGCAUCAACUCCCUCAGAGCAUGAAAUGGUCCAGAAAGGAAAUUUGGACAUUGACAUCCCACAAUACACAAGCUCUCUUGGAGAAUACACAACAAUGUUUGGGAAAUACCCUGCUAGAUCACAAGUCACCCCCAAUUCAAACAAUAGAGAUUUUGGGCUAGGUGAAAUAUUUUCAAUGCCAAGCAAUACACACAAAAAUCCUGAAUCUCUGUUAUUGUACAAAAAUUCACCUCUCUGCAUGGCUGGUCACAAUAUGCCCCCAAAAACAUUUCACAAUACACAUCAGCAGGUGAGGCAACAUACAACUGGUGAAAACACAAACAAUCCUUACAAUUAUCCACAGAGACAGAAUUUCAUUGGAGAUUUUCCCCUUGGAAACAAAGAAUUUUUACCAGAGAUAGGCCAAAAUUUCAGGACGGCUCACAUGAGUGAAGUAAACUCAUUUGAAUCACAAGAUUUCUUAGAGGCUCCCCAACUAUUUAGAUCAUCCAAAAGAAAAUCAACAGACACAGUUGAAAAGAGGUUUGAUGGGGGCAGAAAUAAACUUCCAAGGAAAAGUGUACAGAAUGUUCUCACACUUUCUCCGCGUGAAAUUAAAUUGAUGAAACAUAUCAAGGAAAAUAGCAGAGUUGUCUAUAAGCACACCUAUGGUGGCAUAUCACGCAGGGAGAUGGUGCAAACAAUUCAAGACAUGGGAAUGAGCUGCAUAAAGUCAGAUUUACAAGUAUAUUCUCAUAACAAAAAAUGGUUUAGGAAAUGGGAACAAGGACUUGUAAAUUUCAUAAAUGCCUUGGACGUUUCUGGUCCUUCAAGUGGUGGAAGUCCAACAUUCUUGCUGAAUGCCAUCAAAAAAGUGGACUCUGGGAUUAUUAUGGGAUUCCUAGGUCUUUUACAAUUGAUUGAACCUCCAGGUGGUUUGGAGCUACUGAAUGAGGGAUUAGAGUUCAUUGAAAGCUAUCUGGACCAUGUGUCUGCAUCAGUUAUGAAGAAUUUACCACAUUUGACAAAGAAAAUCAUCCCAGCUAUUGACAUUUCAUCUGGUCCGUUGGAAGUGUUCAUGUCUCUGUUUUUGGUUGAUAGAAAAAGAAACAUAAGAAUAGAACUAUAUCACAAUAUUUGGCACAAGUGGAAGUGUCAAAAAUUCCCAUCAAUUGCUGAAGUACCCCUGGGUGAAUUCACUAGUGCUAUAUAUGGAAUGACUUUGCCAUAUAUCAAAGAGAAGAAAAGACCAGUCACCCAACCAGUAAAAAAAUCACUGAAGCUGGAGCCUUCACGUCGGGAAAGAUCUUACAAAUAUAACCGUCACAUUUCAAGAAAAGGUAGAGAAUGUAUGGAUGAGUUUGAUAGUAUCUUUGAGGACACAGAGAGUUAUUUUGCAAACCUGAAAAAAGAUAUGACAAUGAAAUUAACUGAUGAGAAGAUAAACCUCACCAAAGGAGAAUUGAUGCAUUUCAGAAAUCUUUUGCUCAAUGCUGUUAGUGUUGUGAAGAUCACUGUAGUGGAAGGGUUCUUUGGAAUAAUCAAGUGUGUACAUGAAGAACACAACUUGGAUUGGGAUAUUGAGCCUAUUCUCAUUAGCGGCUGGACUUUCUUCAAAAAUUAUUUCUCCUUAUGGAAAUCACUACCUCUGGAGAUUCUCUUCCUUGGAGAAUCCCUGGCAAAAUUUGAAAAACAGGUGAUGCUGAAUUCAGACUUGAAAUCUGUUGCUGAAUACUUUCACAGUGUGAUGAAGGCCUCCCAUACAAAGGUGAUCUCUGUAAAUCCAGUCCUGAAUCUCUUGGGAGAGUGGAGAAAAUCAUUCAACACAGAUCAGGAUAAUUUCAAGGUCUUCCAGAUGAUUUUGAGGUCUUAUAAUGAAACUCCAUUUUCCCGUUGGUUUAAAUUUCAAUAUUGA